AGCACAAAACAGGAACAAGGGACAAACAAUGACAACAAGAUAUCCAACCUGGGACAAGCAACAAAUACUGACAACAGGACACCAAAACAGGAACAAGGGACAAACAAAGACAACAAGACAUCCAACCAGGGACAAGCAACAAAUACUGACAACAGGGCACCAAAACAGGAAGAGAGGACAAACAAAGACAACAAGACAUCCAACCAGGGACAAGCAACAAAUACUGACAACAGGGCACCAAAACAGGAAGAGAGGACAAACAAAGACAACAAGACAUCCAACCAGGGACAAGCAACAAAUACUGACAACAGGGCACCAAAACAGGAAGAGAGGACAAAGAAAACAGAAAGUCAACGGAGUCCAAUAAAAGUAUACAGUACAACAAAUAGCAAAUCUGAGAGGCAUUCUUAUUUUAGCAACUAUGCUACACCUACUAAUUGUGUGUGGAAUUAA